GAGGUUGUGUCGGAUCGACAGCGGCGGGAACGUUGACUGUUUUGGAAUUUAUUUAUUUAUUUAUUUUUUGGAUUGUGAUUUGGCGGUUGGCAUAAACUGGUGAGUGACUGGGUCGAAAUGGCCUCACAGGAAGAAGAUGGUGGGGAUGAAAUGGAGAGUGGUGAAUGGUCCCAAGUAUCCAGAAGAAAAGAUAGAAGUAAGACAGAUACAAGGCGUAGGGAGGAAGGGAAAGUUUCAAAUAAAAGAUCUUUGGGUGAGGAUAGUCCUGAGGAAGAAAUUAGGAUUAUUCGAAGGAAGAUUGAAGGUAUUAAUCUGGGUCCAGUGGCAUUAUCCAAGGAAUUGAAACACAAGGUGGGAGAGGUAGAAAGUGCAAAAAUUCUUCGAGAUGGAAGUUUGUUAAUAAAAUGUAAAGAUGAAGUUCAACGAAAUAAAGCAUUAAAAAUUGAUAGUGUUUGCAAAAAAGUGGUGUCUGAUAGAAGAGUUCUUGAAGAAAGCAAAGGUUCUAGUGGAGUGAUUUAUGGCAUUCCUGUUGAAGAGGAUCUGGAAAAAUUAAGACGCAACAUUCAAGGUGGUGAAGUGAAAAAAGUGAGAAGAUUAUUGAGAACAGUUGAUGGUGAGCGAGUUAAUAGUUUGUCUGUGCUAUUGGAAUUCCAAGAUUCGGUGUUGCCAGAAAGAGUUAAAAUCGGAUGUAUGAGUUAUUUUGUUCGACCAUAUGUUCCUCCACCUUUAAGGUGUUAUAAAUGUCAGCGGUAUGGGCAUGUAGCGGCAGUGUGUAAAGGUAAGCAAAGGUGUCCAAGGUGUGGAGGAGAGCACAGGUAUGAAGAAUGUAAAGGGGAUGAGCAGAUGAAGUGUUGCAACUGUGGAGGUCAGCAUUCAGUGACAUAUGCAGGUUGUGAAGUUAGGAAGAAGGCUGUUGAAGUUCAGAAGGUGAAGAUGGGGAGUAACAUAAGUUAUGCUGAAGCAGUGAAAAGAGUGCAAGGGCAAAAUUCAGGGGUGGAAGCAAGAAAAGUGAUUCAUAACAUAAGAUCAGAGAACAGCAUCAGAGAACAAGUUAAAACAACAACAAAUAUAACAACUGAAAAACUUAUUCUGUUUAUAGCCUAUGUGAUUAACUGUACAGACCAAGUCAAACAUAAAACAGAAAAAAUUAAAAUAAUAAUAAAAGGAGCUGAAAAAUUCUUGGAUAUGAGGGAACUAUCAUGGGAACAAGUGAAAAAACAAUUAGAGACAGAUGGGAAGCCAGGAAGUGGUGAAGGAAGAGCAGUAUGAUUAUUCUGCAAUGGAAUGCUAGAAGUUUAAUACAGAAUGGGCAGGAGUUUAAAGGCUAUAUUAACAAUCUAAAAAAUAAACCAGAAAUUAUAUGUGUUCAAGAAACUUGGUUGAAAUCGAUGUUAGAUUUUGUUAUUAGUGGAUAUAAGAGUAUACGCAGGGAUAGAGAGGAUGGUUUAGGAGGUGGAUGUGUUAUAUUUAUCAAACAAGAAAUGUCAUACAGAGUAUUGAAAAUAGGAGAACUUUGGGAAAUGAUAAUAAUUGAAGUUUGGAGUGAAAUUGGGGCUGUGACGAUAAUUAAUUUUUAUAAUCCAUGUAAAAGGUUAUCUUUAGAGUUAUUAAGAGAGUUAACAGACAAUUUAAAAGGGAAGAUUAUAUGUUGUGGAGAUUUUAAUGCACAUAGCACUUUAUGGGGAACUCAAAAUGAUAAUAAUGGAGAGGUAAUCGAAGAAAUUAUUGAUAUAAAUAAUCUAAUAUGUUUAAAUGAUGGAAAUGGUACACGAAUAAAUAUUAGAAAUGGAAGGGAGUCAGCUAUUGAUCUAACGUUAGUAUCAGAAACAAUUGCUGGUAUAUGUACAUGGAAAGUUGAAAAUGAAACAAUAGGAAGUGAUCAUUAUGUUAUAUUUAUAGAAGUAGGAUUAAAUAUGGAAGAGAGUGAAAGCAUGAGGGUAGAUAGAUGGAACUUUAGUACUGCUGAUUGGGAAAAAUUUAAAAUGAUUACUGAAAGAAAUUUAAAGACAGUUAAUAUUUGUCAAGAUAUAGAGGGGCUGAAUUAUUCCAUAUGUGAAGCGGUCUUAGAAGCUGCUAAACAGUCAAUUAAUAAGAAAGGAGGGAAUUAUAAAAAGAAAAUUGUACCAUGGUGGACAGAAGCAUGUGGAAAUGUGAUUAAAUCUCGAAAUAAAGCAUUUAAAGUAUUAAAAAGAACUCAUAAUAUACAAAAUCUUAUUGAAUAUAAAAGGCAGCAGGCAAUGGUGAGAAAAACAAUUAAAAAUGCAAAGAAGGUAUAUUGGAGAAAGUUUUGUAAUUCAGUAGGAAGAGAGACUAAAAUAGAUAAAAUAUGGGGAAUGGUUAAAAGAAUGAAUGGGAUGAAAAAAGAGUUUGGUUAUCCAGUUUUAAUAGGUAAUGGAAUUACAGCAAAGAAGGAUGAUGAGAAAGCAGAAAUGUUAGCUCAGACUUUUGUUAAAGUACACGGAUCAGAAAAUUUAAGUGAAGAAGGGAGAAGAAGAAGAGAGGAGACAAUAACAGAAAAUGUAGAGAUAUUAAGUGAAGAUGGUGAAAACAAUAAAUUAAUCAAUGUACCAUUUACAAAAGCAGAAUUAAAUCGUGCAUUAAGGAAAGCAAAGAGGACAGCACCAGGGAAAGACCAAAUAUGUUAUGUUAUGAUAAGUCAACUUAGUGAACCAUCAA